UCCGCCGCCGCCGCCGCCCGGCUCCCCAUGGGGCAGCGCAGAGCCGCGGGACGGGGGGCGGCCGACUGACCGGUUCACCCACCGACCGACGGACCGACCGACCGGCCAUGGAAGAGGGCGUGAAAGAGAGCGGCGAUGAGGCCCAGGGCGCGCGAAACGCGGACAAGGUCGGCUGGGUGAAGAAGAGCAGCGGGGGCAUCCUGGGCAUCUGGAAGGAUCGCUACCUCCUCCUCUGCAAGGCACAGCUGCUGGUCUUCGAGAACCAGGCCUCUCUCUCCCUCUCUGGGCAGGAUGAGCAGAAGUGCCUGGAGACAGUGGAGCUGGGCAGUUACGAGCGGUGUCAGGACCUGCGGGCUCUCCUGAAGCGGAAGCACCGGUUCAUCCUCAUCCGGUCUCCCGGGAACAAGCAGGUUCAUGACCUUAAGUUCCAGGCCGCGACUGGAGAGGAGAAGGAACUGUGGAUCAAAGCCCUCAACGAUGGCAUCAACAAGGGCAAAAAUAAGGCGUUCGAUGAGGUGAAGGUGGACCAGAGCUGUGCCCUCGAACACGUGACCAGAGACCGGGUCAAACGGGGCCAAAACCGUCGGCCGCCCACCCGAUCCCAUCUGAAGGAGGUCGCCAACGCGGUAUCUGAUGGGCUAUUGAGGCUGGACCUCGACGUGCCGGACAGCGGCCCGCCGUCCUUGACCCCGGUGUCCGGCCACGAUGCCACCGUCUCACCCCCCAGGGAUACCCCGAAGCCGCCGAUGCCUCCGACCAAGCCCCUGCCCACGGCUGAGGAGGGGGCCCGACCGCCGGCCCCGGAAUCGCUCCAGGACGGCCUGGGGGGCGGCGGCCCCGGGGCGCAGGAGGCCGAGGGCCAGAUCGGAGGGGGGCCGGUAGCCCCCGUGGGGGACGGCAAGGAGGCCACGGCGGACGUGGGUCAGGGGCCCAGGCUACCCCCGGCUCCUCCCCCGAAGAUCCUCUCAGACAAACUGAAAGUGAGCUGGGAAAACCCCCCGCCGGAACCGUCCGUUCCCACCGGUGCGGAGGCUCCCACUGAGGCUGGGCCUAAGGAGGCUGGGAAGCCGCCCACCCCGCCCCCCAAGAUCCUGUCGGAGAAACUAAAGCAGUCCAUGCACUCUGGUCCAUCAGAGCCCGCUGCCCCCAGUGACCCCCAAGCCCCCGACGACAGAGAGAACUGCCCCCCGUCCAGUUUGGACACGUCGGACGGGGCCGAGCCCGGGCCUGCCUUGGAGACCCAUGGAGCCAUUGGGGAAAGGAGCCUGGGGGUCCCUCGGCCGGAAGAGGGGAGAGGUCCACCGGCCUCCCCGAAGACGGACGGGCCGACCGAGGGCCCGCGGGAAGGCCCACCUCCGGCCCGCCGCGCCUCCCUCAGCGACCUGCUGUCCGAGAGCGGCCACCCGCAUCCCCUGGCCGGGAUGGAGAGGAAGGUGGCGUCGGAGCGGGAGAAGACGGAGCUGCUGCUGAGCCAGGUCUUGCGAGGGGCGGCGUUGGAGCCGGAGGGGAACGGGGCCCCCCUCAAAGCCGAGGUGUUGCUCAACCGGGCCGUGGAGCAGCUGAGGCAGGCCACCCAGGUCUUACAGGAAAUCAAGGGCCUAGGGGAACUGAACAAGGAACCCCGGGGGCGCGGCGGGGACCAGAAACAAGAGCGAAAGGACCUGGUGACCCUGUACAGGAGAAGUGUUCCCUGAGCCGAGCCGCCCCCGCCUCGCUCCGGGUGUCAUUGGCGUAGCGGGGCCCCGCCGAGGUGGGAUCGCUCCGGGCUCUGCUCCUGCUUGCCCCUGGCCGCCCCCUCCCAACCCUCCCACCCCAUCCUCCUGGGCCGGACCCCGGGCAGCUCCGCUUUCGGGUAGCCUGGUCCUCCUCCAGCCUGAUGCCCAUGCCACCUUGCCGCCUUCGAUUUCCACCGAUCCCAGCAGCUCCUGGCCCGGACGCCGGCUGGGACAGAGCAGGCCGAUGAUCCCCAGAGGGCCAAUUUCCAGCCCCCGGGGGGUAGAGGGGAUUUGUAUGCGUUGGUGAGGCGGGGCGGGUGUCGGGACCGAGAUUCCCGGGGCCGCCCGGCAUUUGAAGGCGGCGGCUGCCGGGAUCCUUGGGGCAGUGAGACGGGGAAUUCCCCCUUCCUCGUGCCCUCUGACCUCUCACCCUGGCUGCAGCAGGAGCAGGGAUCAGCCCCGGCUCCCAACUGGGUCCGCCUCCCCUCCAUCCUGGCUGCGGCGGGGGGCAUUAGAGAGGGAGCGGUGGGGUCAGGUGAGUGGGAGAUGCUGGGGACUACACCCUGCAGAGGGGACCCCUUGGCAAGAGUAGCCCACCUGCCCGAAUCUCAAGCAGGCGUGCCCACAGACAGAUCCAACCGGCACCUUGAUGCUUCAGGGAGAGAGAUUUCUUUUCCUGCUGCCAUCCGUUCCUCAGUUUCCCCUCUCCGCUCUCCCUCCCCGCCCACCCAACUCUACCCGCCGGCUGCCGGGGUCUGGGUUCAGGUGGUGAUGACCUCCCGGGUGGGCAGACAGGCGGGGGGCUGGGCAGAGGAGGCGGCAGGUAGAGUUGACUCUCGGGGGAGUCAACUCAUCCAUCCCCCUGCCUCCAACCAUCUCUUAGCGGUGAAGCGAAUCAGACGGCCCCUCUCCUCCCGCACAGAAUCCGGGUGAUGGGGCUUUUAGGCAUUUCUUUCCAGUAUAAAGGCAGGUUCCUUUGGUGGUACAGAGUACCCCCGCCAUACUGGUGCUCCCCCUCAACCCAACCCAUCAACCAGAGGUAUUUAUUGCAGGCCGAGUGCUGUACUGAGCUCCUGAGAGGGGCCCGCUCUUUAACACACAGGGUCAGUGAUCGGGCAGGGCGGGGGGCUGGGAGGGGGGUCUCGACCCCCACUCAACCAAUCAGCCCGUCAGGACUACCGACUGAGCGUCUGCCGUGGGCCCGGCGCUGGACUGUUUGGGAGAUGACAAGUUGGACGGCACAAUCCCUGCCCGCCGGGAGCUUACGAUUUAGCGGAUUUUCCAUACACGCACUUUGUUUAUUUUUCCCCCAGAGUUCCCCGGCCGGGCGGAGGCGGGGUGUCGGGCCUCCCCGCCGAGAUGGCUCUGGGAAGAGCGCCUCUUCCCCCUUCACCAUUCCCCAACACAAACCUUAAGAUGCCCCAGCGUGGCAUCCGUAACCUGCCCGUUUGCUGAGUUUGAUUAGCUAUAAAAGCAAAACCCUGUACUCCAUCAUCUCCCUGGGAGGAUUUGGGGGUGAUCAGCAACAAGGCUGGAGUCUGGGAGGGCCGAGUCGCAGUGCCGGACGUCCAUUAGUGAAUUACUGGGGGUAUUUAUUGAGCGAUGGCUCGGUGCCAAGCACUGCGUUAAGCGCCCGGGCGGGCUCGAGAUAGAUCGGACCCGGCUGCACUCCUACUUGGACUCCCAGUCCAAGUCCGUGGUCAUCCUCCUCCUCUUCCCGACCCCCACCCCCCUGUAGCCGUCUUCUUGAUAAGGGACCCUCAGGGUGGUCCAGUCCCUUCCUAUCCCCCACACCCGGUCUCCUCCGCCUCAUCCUUCCCACCUCCGCUCUGGAGAAAGGCCGGAGCGAGGCCCGCUGGCUUUUAAACUUUCCCGGCUCUAUGUCGCGCCUGUUCCUUCCAAGACUUCCCUUGGGUCCCAGCUGAAUGGGGACCGACCCCCGCCCGCCAGCGACUCCCCCGCAUCCCAUCCCGGAAGAGUCGGGAGAGAGGGAUCUAGAGUCUGAUCCUAGCAGGGGACCCCGGGGUCCGGCCUAGUCUCCCUCCCGCCCCCCCCCGACUCCCAGAGGGCCGUCGGCGUCUGUGCCAGCAAAUGUGAAUCCCCGACUGCCCGGCAGAGCCGUGACAGAGGAGACGGUCUUCGCUUCUAAAGCGCCUUUUUGGACGCAAGUCAAUAAAACACUUUUUAAGGCCAGCCGGACCCUAGCGCCCUUUGUUGGGGGGA